AUGCCUUCAAGCUCAGAAGAAUGGAAAAAAAUAGCUAUUGAUUACAAUAAAAUUUGGAAUUUUCCUCAAUGCGUCGGAUCUAUGGACGGAAAACAUGUUGUUAUUGAAGCACCAAUACUAAGUGGAAGUGAUUUUUAUAACUAUAAAGGCACAUUUAGCAUUGUACUAUUUGCUAUUGUAGAUGCUAACUAUAAUUUUAUUUACGUUAAUGUUGGUUGUCAAGGCCGUAUAUCAGAUGGAGGAGUAUUUAAAAGUACUGGAUUCCAAAAGCUCAUGGAAAAUUCUACUUUGAACCUUCCAGAUAAAAGAGCGCUGCCAGGUCGGGACAAAUUGAGCCCAUAUGUUUUUGUAGCUGAUGAUGCUUUUCCUCUUUCACCCAAUAUAGUGACUUGA